AUGGGGAUCCGCCGCCUAUACACGAACCUCCGCCCGUACGCUCGCCCCACAAUCCUAGAGCCCUGUACGGAAAUCUUCAUCGACGGCCCGGGUCUUGCGCAUCAUGUGUACGAGAAAUGCUACAGUGCAGCGCCCCCAGCCCGUCCGGAGGAUGUAAACCCCUGGGACAGCGCGAUACCGUACUCUGUUCUGCAAGACAGUGUGAUAAAGUACCUGCACAUGUUGGAAUCUUGCGGUGCGAAAAUGAUAUACUUCGACGGGGCCCUCCCGGCUUCCAAGCGUCCUACGCGCAUUUUAAGGCUCGAGGAGUCACUCCGUAAGCUCUGCACCUUCCAUGCAUCAUACUCGCACACGUUGCCGCGAUGUUCAGACCGCUCCGCGCGGGAGUGGGGGGGCGUAGAGAUCUUCUCCGAGAGGGCGGUGUAUACGCCGCAGUCUCCGGUGCUUUCCACACCCCCGUUCCUAGUCACGGCUACGCUCGCCGCUUUAAGUCGAGGUGGGUAUGCAGAGAGGACGUCAACGGUGCCCGGGGAAGCGGAAGGAUAUGCUGCCAGAGACGCCAUAGCAGCCGGCGGAGUCGUGCUCACCAGUGAUUCGGACUUGCUGUUGUUCCGCGGUGAGGGUGAAAACGACUGGGGGGUUGUUAUGUUCAAAGACCUUGAGGUCAAUUUCUCCACCGGGCAGAUCUCCACUGUGCUAUUCCGUCCGGAGGAUAUUGCCAAGGGGUUUGACCUGGAAUUGGCGUUUCUGGGAUACCUGUCCCUGUGCAAUCCGCAAGCUACUUUUUCAACGCUCCGGGAAUGGUGCGCGCGUAUCACCGAGCGGAGCAGGAGCGGCGCUAUCGUGGAAGAAAUGGGUAGGAAGUGGCGGGAGUUCGCGGCCGGGUACGCGCUGCCCGAGGGCGAUGGCGGGAGACUCAUCGACCCGAGGAUCGGAGAGCUACUAUCCCUACGCGGGGCCGUGGGGAGAAAAAGGGAAAUGUUCCUGCCAACACUCUGGGAAGACACGAGCCGCGCAAGCGCCUGGGACGUUGGUCGCGAAGUGCGAGCAUUGGCCUACUCCCUCCUCUUCCCGGGUGAAAUGUCUCUGGAAGAAAUCUCUAGAAGGGGUCACGGGAUUUCUGGAGCGCCCGUCGAGAUCAUUCUCGGAAGGAAGGCUAAACAGAAACUACACGAAAUUAUUUUGGAAUCUCAGGAAGAAGAUUGGCAGGCGAGAUACGUCCUUCAGCAAAUCGUCAAAACGUUCGCUGCGCGCAACAAACCCCCACCCCACGCCUCCAUACUAGAAUCUUCUGCCAGUCUAGUCUCCGCCUGUGCUCAUACCUCCACAGACGCAACCAAUAGACAAACCGCCGGUGUCCGCUGGACGUGGGAGCGCAUCCAAACGUUCGCAAUGCUACAGGCAGCCUGGUACUCCCUCCUCCUGCUGAGCGAAGUACUUAAGGAAACAACCAGCAGCAAGAGCGGGCUUGGCGUUCUGCCGGUUGAGGUGCUGGACGGGAGGCGUUUUGUCGACGCGCGGCCGGGGGCGGGGGCUAAAUCACUGGUUAAAGAGAUUUUGGCCGCAUAUUUUGGUGAGGAGGAGGAGGAGGAGGAGGAGGAAGAGGAGGACAUGAAGGCUAGGAGAAGAAUGUCUAAAGAGGAGAAUCUCGAGGGGGUGUGGAAGGAGGCUAGCGGGAAGGCACGGAGGAAGAGGAGGUGGCCGGCUGAGGAAGUGGCAGAGGUGAAGGUGAAGGUGGCAGCGACUAAAGGGGGGAAUAUGUUUGCGGCGUUGGUGGAGUAG